AAAAAAAAACCCACGCAAAAAUGAGCUCUCCAAUUGGAUUUUAUAAAUUUUCAUAAAAGUUUGUCCUAAAUUGGACAAAAACUAAAACAACUGGCUCAAAACCCAACCCCGCAUUCAACUUGUCAACUUUCCAAUUGGUGUUUUCUUUCAAUUUGCUAUCAAAAGGCUUCUUCUUUGGCCAGCUCCGCGCCCGGUGAAAGAUGUAAACAAGUGCCAUCCGCGAGAGAGAACAAGCGAAAUGUAUUCAUAAAAAGUAAACAGUACAAAACAAUUUUGCAAACUGGAACGCGUACGCGGCGCGUAUUUUAAGGCAUCGGAAUUGUUCCAGCGCCACGAACUUGUGUGCCAUACAGCGUGGAGGGGGGAGCUUCGGCUGCGAAUCGCCGUUAGGCUAUUGACUUGGCCAACAACAAAUAACUUGAUUAGUUGGCACCAAACAGUGCUGGCGAUCAGACACACCAUCUACCAGCUGCAGACGGACACAGCGGUCAUUAACACGCAGGUGGAAGACAACAACAUUUAACGAUGGGUCUGCGCUUUCAACAAUUAAAGAAGCUGUGGCUCCUCUACCUCUUCCUGCUGUUCUUUGCAUUCUUCAUGUUUGCAAUUAGCAUUAACUUGUAUGUGGCAAGCAUACAAAAUGCUGAUUCAGAGCUGCGUCAUCCGAAACCACCGCCCAAACGUCGCUCGCUGUGGCCCCACAAGAGCAUUGUGGCCCAUUAUAUUGGCAAGGGAGACAUCUUCGGCAACAUGACUGCAGACGAUUACAACAUUAACCAGUUCAAGCCUGUCCCUGGCGAGGGCGAGGACGGCAGACCCGUUGUGGUGCCGCCCCGCGAUCGCUUUCGUAUGCAGCGUUUCUUUCGCCUGAACAGCUUCAAUCUGCUGGCCAGCGAUCGCAUACCACUGAAUCGCACGCUCAAGGAUUACCGCACGCCGGAAUGCCGCGACAAAAAGUAUGCCAGCGACUUGCCCAGCACCUCGGUCAUCAUUGUCUUCCACAAUGAGGCCUGGUCCGUGCUGCUGCGCACCAUCACUAGCGUCAUCAAUCGCUCGCCGCGUCACUUGCUCAAGGAAAUCAUUUUGGUGGACGAUGCCAGCGAGCGCUCCUAUCUCAAGCGGCAGUUGGAGAGCUACGUACGCGUACUGACGGUGCCCACGCGCAUUUAUCGCAUGAAGAAACGCAGCGGCCUGGUGCCUGCGCGCCUCUUGGGCGCUGAGCAUGCGCGCGGCGAUGUGCUCACCUUUCUGGACGCGCACUGCGAGUGCUCGCGUGGCUGGCUGGAGCCCCUGUUGGCCAGGAUCAAGGAGUCACGCAAUGUGGUCAUCUGUCCCGUCAUAGACAUCAUUUCCGAUGACAAUUUCAGCUACACGAAAACCUUUGAGAACCAUUGGGGCGGCUUCAAUUGGCAGCUGAGUUUCCGCUGGUUCUCGUCGGACAGGAAGCGUUCCACAACGGAGAUUGCAGGCAAGGACUCCACGGCUCCUAUAGCCACGCCCGGCAUGGCUGGCGGUCUGUUUGCCAUCGAUCGCAGCUACUUCUACGAAAUGGGCGCCUACGACAGCAACAUGCGUGUGUGGGGCGGCGAGAAUGUGGAGAUGUCCUUUCGCAUCUGGCAAUGUGGCGGCAGAGUGGAGAUUAGCCCCUGCUCCCACGUGGGGCACGUGUUCCGCAGCAGCACGCCCUACACCUUCCCGGGUGGCAUGAGUGAAGUGCUCACCGAUAACUUGGCACGCGCAGCCACCGUCUGGAUGGACGAUUGGCAAUACUUUGUCAUGCUCUACACCUCCGGCCUCUCGCUGAGCGUCAAGGACAAGGUGAACGUCACGGAACGCGUGGCGCUGCGCGAGAAGCUGCAGUGCAAGUCGUUUGCCUGGUACUUGGAGAACAUUUGGCCCGAGCACUUCUUCCCAGCGCCCGAUCGCUUCUUUGGCAAAAUCAUCUGGCUGGACGGGGAGACGGAGUGCGCGCAGGCGUACAGCAAACACAUGAAGAACCUGCCAGGGCGUGCUCUGUCUCGAGAGUGGAAACGCGCCUUUGAGGAGAUUGAGAGCAAAUCGGAGGAGUUUAUGUCGCUGAUUGAUCUCGAGCGGGACAAGUGCCUGCGUCCGCUGAAGGAGGUGGCGCCGCGUUCCUCCCUGCAGCCGGUGACCGUGGGCGACUGCACAUCGCACGCGCAGACCAUGGACAUGUUUGUGAUCACGCCGAAGGGUCAGAUAAUGACGAAUGACAACAUUUGCCUGGCCUACAGACCGCCCAAGCAGGGCGUGAUCAAGCUGCUCAAAAAUCGCAAUGCAACGAUGUCGAACGUGAUGCUGACGCAGUGCGCGGGCGAUGUCAGUCAGCUGUGGAACUACGACAUGGAUACGCAGCAAAUCUCGCAUCGCGACACCAAGCUCUGUUUGACGCUCAAAGCGGCCACCAAUGCGCGCAGCCAGAAGCAGGAGAAGGUGGUGCUCUGCAUGCAGUGCGACUUCAAGGAUAUAACACAAAAAUGGGGCUUCAUACCGCUGCCAUGGCGCCUAUAGAAUGAGCCAGGGAACAGAAGAGCGCACAUUGCCAGGAACUCUCUCUCUCUCUCUCUUUUCUUCAACACAAUGUGAUAUUUAUUGAAAUUUUAUGAGCGAACCCCACUCGUUGUGUUCUUUAUUUAGCCGAACCCACACAGACGCGAACCCACACGAAGCAGCCACGAACCCACAAGGAAACAUUUGAGACGCGCGAGAGCUUAACUUUUUUGUUGGCUCUCGCAACGUUGGAACUUUAGCUCUACUCUAUGUCAUAUUUAUUAAGCAACGAUUUGUAGGCUGUACGAAACACUUUUAUAUAUUUCACAUGAAAAUAAAA